CUCCUUGCGAUCUAUCACCAUGUCUAAACGGAGGAACUUGUUCCGCAUCAUCAGGAUCGACUUUCACCUGUAGUUGUGUUAGCGGGUUUACCGGGGAUACGUGUGAAACAAACGCUCCUUGCGAUCUAUCACCAUGUCUAAACGGAGGAACUUGUUCCGCAUCAUCAGGAUCGACUUUCACCUGUAGUUGUGUUAGCGGUUUUACCGGGGAUACGUGUGAAACAAACGCUCCUUGCGAUCUAUCACCAUGUCUAAACGGAGGAACUUGUUCCGCAUCAUCAGGAUCGACUUUCACCUGUAGUUGUGUUAGCGGGUUUACCGGGGAUACGUGUGAAACAAUUGUUGUUACGGAUACGCUUGUCUGCGGUUUUGAGACAGGCGAAAUGGAUUGUCCAUUUACGAAUGCUGCCAACGAUGAUUAUGAAUGGGAAGACGAAGAGGGAAGUAUAAAUAAUGGACCUAUCGGAGCACAAGAAGGAACUGGAUUUAUAUCUCUAGCCUCUGAUGGCACUCGCUCUUUCGGAUAUGCCAUGUUAACGGCUGAACUAGAAACUG